AUGGAUUCCACUUCUACCACUCCCGAGGGUUUCACUCCUCCUCUGGCUAUCCUGACGCCGACCGACCAUACAGCAUGGAUAUACAUUGCCUCCAUACUAGGACUUUGCUGUUUCAUGCUGUUUGGUGCAGUCCGAGUCCUCGUGCGAACCAUGUUCACCGGUAGCUUUGGCAACGACGACUAUUUCUUCUACGCCGCGACCGCCGUCGCCGUUAUUCAAACCGGUAUCAUACUUGGCGCAUGUUCCCGGGGUCUGGGAAAGUCGGUCGACCUGCUGUCAAGCGCAGCUCAGGCGGAUGUUCAGAGGAUGUACUACACCAGCAAUUUCUUCUUCAUCACGGCCGUUGGCCUUACCAAGAUGUCGGUCAUCGCCUUCCUCCACCGCACAUCUCAAAUGAGAUCUCACAGACUGGUCUUCAACGCAGCGAUUGGCGUCGUUGGAGCAUAUGUCGUGGGCUCGAUAUUUGCCCUCGCCCUCCAAUGCGAUCUUGCGCGACCGUGGAUCGUAGUGGGUGCACAGUGCCCGGGAGCAUUCCUGCGCUGGCAAGUCAUCUGCGGUCUCGAUCUAGCGACCGAAAUCGCCAUCAUCGGCCUCGUCGUCUACUUGGUCUACGGCCUACAGAGCCCAUGGACCAGCAAAGCCAUGGUCGUGUACAUCUUCAGCUUCCGCCUCGUCCUCCUAAUCUUCAUCGCCUUCCGCAUCCACACCUUUGACGCCACCGGCUACACGACCGACCCCUUCCUCUCCAACGCGCCCUUCAUCGCCUGGACGCAAGGCGAGCUAUCCGCGAGCCUCAUCACCGCCACGGUCCCCACGUUCCGCAACUUCCUCAAAUCCCUCAACACGGGCUUCGGCGGCAUCGGCGCCACCAGCAGCGACGGCUACGGCUCCGGCUACGGGCGCAGUCGCAUCCACGGCGGCAAGACCGCCGGCUCAAGCUACCAAUUGUCAAAGCUACGCUCUGUGAAUAGGAGUGUGCCCGUUGACGAGCCGAGCGAGGAGAAUGAGCCGGGCUACCUGCCGCAGCAGGUGCAGCGGCCUUUUGGGGUUGAUCCUCUGACGGGCCGGUCUGGAGGCAGCGCUGCAACCGCGCAUUGGAGUGCGGGAACCAGCGGCAGUGACGCGGGCGCCAACAAUGAGACGGCUAGCAUUGGCAGCGAUGAGAGCCGGCGCAUGAUCAUACGAAAGGAGCUGAAUUGGUCUGUCAAGACGGAGCCGAGGGACGAGAGAUUGUAA